AUGACGUUCCGUCUGGACGACGGAACCACCAUCCGAAGCUCAGGGGAAGGCAAGGCUACCGUUCUCAAGGCCAGGGAGUCGUUUGCCGCGGGGUUGCUCUCCGAGACCCACCUCCUGCGAGUCCAGGCACUCCUGUGCGAGGUCCACGCUAAAUUACCGGACGAGGGGCCCCUCAAGACGCUGUCCCUCAGCAGCAAGCGCAGUGCCGAGACUGAUGUCGAGGCUCUGGACAUCGUCUCUGCCAAGCGGUCGCAUUCCCUGAAUGGGCAUGGACCGACAGCAGAGACGGCGUCGGCCCUGCCCUCGCCGCAGUCGGCUGCCCCCGCGCCCCUCGCCCCGCGCCCCAUCGUCCCGCCUCCCGCCUACCCUGAGCCCUUUGCUGGCCGCUGCCUGGCCAUGGUGGACAAGGUGAUCACCGCCCUGGGGGGCCCCAAGGAUGCCGCAGCGCUGGGCUUCACCGUGGCCGUGGACGCCAAGCUGGUGCCGGACUACUACACCAUCGUGCGCAACCCCAUCCACCUGGGCGAGAUUCGCGGCCGCCUGCGGAAGUCUGCUUACGCCGAUCCAUCCGGCUUCUACCAGGCGGCGCUGGCGGCGGCGCUGCAGGACGAGGCGGUGCUGGCGGGGAAGAUGGCGGGCGUGGUGGACAUCCUGCAGCGCGCCGACGAGCUGCCCACCAACGAGGACGGCGAGGUGGAGCUAGACCUGGGCGUGCUCUCUCCAAAGACGGUCUGGGCGCUGUACGAGUACGUCAUCGGGCCGGCGGCGGGGGGCGCGCCGCGUAAGGCGGCGCCCGGUGCCGCCGGCGACGGCGCGGGCUUCCAGCUGGCGGAGGACAGCGAUUAUGCCCCGGACGAUGACGACGAUGACUGA